CUUCCCAUUUCUAUAAAAGGGCGUAUGGGAUUCUCCACAGACUUACAGGAGGGACACCAGAGCUCUUUCCUCCACGCCCCAGUAAGAGUUUGCCAGCAAAUCAUUGAAAAACCAAGAUGAAAAUCCUCUUGAGCCUGACUGCCUUGUCUUUGACACUUGCCUUGUGUCAGGGAUACUGCAUGUUUAGCCAGCACGAAGUAGAGAUUAAAGAUGGUAAACCGGUGCUGCCCACUGAGUGUACUGAUCUCAAUGAUGGCAGCAAGCAUCCAUUUGGCUCCAAGUGGAAUACAGCACAGUGCAUGGAAUGCACAUGUAGUGAAAGGGGAAUGGGAUGCUGUUCCAGGUACGGUGGUACUGUUGAUGUUCCGGGAUGUAAAGCAGUGGUAAAUCCAAACACAUGUGAAUAUGAGCUCUAUAAACUGGACGAUCCCUCCAAACCCUGUCCCUGAGCUUUACAAAUCCCACCCAAAUUCCCUUCAUGUAAGAGAAUCUGAAUAAAUCAGUCAUAUGUGCA